AGAGGAAUAUCACCGGAACAAACCGUAGGCUAUUCAUUGCAAUAUUCGUGUAUACUGGACACUUGACAUUAAAAAUGAACACGAGCUGAUCCGAUAACAUGUCUGACGUAAUAUUAACACCGACUGACGAAGUAAAGUUUCUGGGCGACACUCCGGAGCGCAACAACAUCAGCGCCGCUCCGGAGCAUCCGCACUUGCAAUCAGGCAUCAUUAUCGCCACCGUUUACGCGCUCCUCAUUACUGCUGGACUGCUUGGUAAUGUGACGCUCAUUAGGACGUUUUGCAUCGUGAAAUCCAUGCGCAAUGUCCCCAAUCUGUUCAUGUCGAGUCUCGCUCUGGGAGACGUGCUGCUGCUGGUCACCUGCGCGCCCGUGGAUGCCAGCAAGUUUCUAGCGGAUGAGUGGAUUUUCGGGCGGACGGGCUGUAAACUCAUCCCGUUCAUCCAGCUGACGUCGGUCGGAGUCUCGGUGUUCACGCUCACAGCGCUGGCAGCAGACAGAUACAAGGCCAUUGUCAAGCCAAUGGAUAUCCAGGCGUCUAAAGCCUCGCUAAAGGUCUGCCUUAGGGCUGCAUCAAUCUGGCUGCUGUCCAUGAUCCUGGCCAUUCCUGAGGUGGUGUUCUCCGAUCUACACACCUUCAACAUCCCAGAAACCAAUGAGACUUUUAAAGCAUGUGCCCCAUACCCUCACGCUGGAGACCUGCACCCCAAAAUCCAUUCCAUGGCCUCCUUCCUUAUUCUAUACAUCAUUCCUCUCUUCAUUAUUUCUGUGUACUACAUCUUUAUUGCCAGGAGUCUGAUGCAGAGUGCGAUUAACAUGCCUGUGGAGGGAAAUGCACACAUUCGGAGGCAGAUUGAGUCACGGAUGCGGCUUGCCAAGACAGUGCUGGUGUUUGUGGGUCUCUUUGCCAUCUGCUGGCUCCCAAACCAUGUGAUUUACCUCUACCGGUCCUACCAUUAUACAGAAGUGGACACCUCAAUGGCCCAUUUCAUCUCCAGCGUGUGCGCACGUAUCCUUGCCUUCACCAACUCUUGUGUGAAUCCCUUUGCUCUGUACCUGCUCAGCAAAUCCUUUAGAAAGCAAUUCAACAAACAGCUUUGCUGCUGCUGCCCGUCCAUCUUGAUGCAUUCACAAAGCACUAGGCGUAACAAUACACGACUGAGUUCAAUUAAAAGCACCCAGAACCAUUCUGUGGCCAGCUUCAGCCUUGUCAAUGGCAACGUUGUCUGCCAUUAGAGCUAAACAUCAACUACUUCUACAGUUACUUUAUAGAAAUAGUUCACCCAUAAAUGAAAAUGUAUGCAGUGUUUAAAAUUUUACAUUUGCAGCAGCAUACAGGUUUGUUGACCGAAUUUCCAUUUUUGGGGGGAACUGUUCCUUUGAAAAUAAUUGAAAAAAAAGUGGUUGUAGAAACCACAUAAAAUUAGGAAGGUUUUGUGCCUGCUGGUUAUUAUUGGUUAUUGCUUAUCUGAAAGCACAAAUGAAAAACCGGGAGACUUUCAGUUAUCUGUAUCUGAAUUCUAACUCAGCUGCAAUCAGUGGUGGCGUUCCCCUAUGGUUUUUUGAAACGCUGCCACUGGUUGCAAUCAAUGUUGGUAAUUAAUGCUGUUAAUUAACUGUUAGUUAAUGCAAAUUUUUAAAGAUAAAUGUCUAUGCUUGCCUGGAAUAAAUUUGCUUAAACUGAGUGGCACAUGGGGCCUGCAGGAAUUCAUCUGAGGGUACGCACAGAGAGGAUUUUUUUUUUUUUUUCGGUUGCAAAACCUAAACUAAACGUUCAAACCUGGAACAAGGACUCCAUGGUAAAAGAGACACUGCAUCUCAACAGGACCUUUCUGGUAAAAUAAAGUAAAAUACAAAAAAUAUAUAUUACAUUCUAAUUUUAAAAAUUCAAAAACUCUCACGGACUUAUACAAGACUUACGAGACUCUUCAGCGCAACAGUAGACCUGAUCAGAACAAAGGUGUCUCUAGACAUGUUUUAUACAUUUUAAAACAUGAAAAUAGCAAAAAAAAGUAAUGAAAUGGUCAAAGAUAUCCAUCUAAUGUAUGUUUAAAUAAGAAAACAACUGAAAAACAUGUGAACAAGGUGAUUAUCACAAGUAUUUUACAUUUUAGUGAAUUGCUGGCUAAUUUGUUUGAAUUUGCAUGAUCUUAAUCGGAUUUUCUCAUGAUCUAUUGAUAUUGAGUUCAUGCUGUUUGUUCCCUAUGUUCUUAGGUAUCUUGAUACUAUGUUUUACUUACUGUGAAUCCGCUAUGAAUUAUUUGCAAACCCGUUUGGCCAUUUCACUGAAAAGAAAGUACAGACCACCGUGUAACAUUUCAAUGUAAAGGAAUGAACAAAGAUUAUUUUUUUUUUUUUGCAGUAUUUGGAUAGAUAUUUUUCAUGGUGUCUUGCAGUUCUAAGUCCAAUAAGUAGCUGAAUUUGUCCACACACUGAAAAAUUCAAUCAGACCAAAGAAAGGUCUACCAAAAAUAUCGUUUUUAUUUUUCAUAUGCAAAAGUGAAAAAGUGACAAAAGUGCAAAGUGUAUUAAAGACAGACCAGGGAGCAGUUCUAAUAAAUUUAUAGAGGUAACCAGGACUGUGAUUAUUCUGAAUAUUUGGAUGUUUUUCAUGGAGAUUUUUGCUGUUAAGUUUACAGAGGUUGAUUCAGAAAAAGCACUUCUUUCAUUGCUUUUAAAUGUGAACAAAAAUAGCAUCCUUGUCUGCUUUACAUGAUAAAAGUAAAAAGUAAAGAAAAAGAUCAUUGGCUAAUGUUCUUCUGUAUUAUUUCAUCAGUAUUGUGUACAAGGUGAAACCUGGUAAGAAAUGGGCUGGAUUUGCUGAAGGACACAUGCUUUUGUGAUGCCUUUAGGGGGAUAACUCUUUGUAUUUCCAAGAAAUAGAAAUUCUUUUCUGCAUUGCUGUUUUGUGGUUCAGUCCUUCAUGUUGCUUUUUUAUUGUAUUUGCCCAAGAGCAUAGUAGCAAACUGAUGGAGCUUUUCAUUUUGUACAUGUCGUAGACUGCUGCUCUUUUAUCUAAAAAGGAUGGUAUAAGAUGAAAAGAAAACUUUUUGACCUGUAAUGAAGUUAAUGUGCAAUCAUGUUGUUGUUGUUGUGGGCUUGUGAUCUUGUUUCACAUGAAGAAACUCAAGUGUAUUUGACUUUGUGAAUAAAGUGGUGCAUUUACUCGCUAAAAUAGCUGCA